AUGGCGCGAAGCUUUGGGGAGGAGCGCAGUCUGGCGCAAGCAUUUCAAGACCUCGUGGUCCGGAGCGUAUCGGCUGGCAUAGGGAAGCGCCAAUCGAUUAGCAGUAUUGAGGGGCAGAUUACCGACGUGAAAACGGCCUUCUCAAGCUGGGACAAUUGCAUGCAGGCCAGUUUUUGCAAGUGGCCAGUGAUCGCCGUGAUCAUUGUGGGCGGUCUGAUUAUAUUCUCAGUUGUGUGGUGCAUCGCGCGCUGCUUAUGCUGUGGUGUUUCAUGCUGCUGCGAGUGCUGUUACUGUCUCAAAUGUUGCGGUAACUGCUGCGGUUGUUGCGAUGCUCCUAACAAGCGCCACAAAUAUCUUGACGAGCCGUAUGUGCCGCCGCAUCAGGACCAAGGCUACCGCUCACAAGCGCCCAUGAACGCGGCCCCAGCUCCGAUGGUUUCUGGUGCCCUUGCCAAACCCGAGCCUCCCCAGUAUGCCGAAUUUGAAUCCGGAAAGAAAGGACACGAGGAUGAAUUGCCCCAGAUGCCGAGUUGGGAAGGCGCCGGAUCGAAGAAAGUGUUGGUCGAGGACGAGCCUGUUGAGAUGGAUGACCUUAAGAAGCCUGAGAGUGCACAAAACUUGCCGCCCAUGGCUCCCGGGGCCGCGUCUCAUCCUGCGAGUCCGAAUCCGAUGUCUUCUUUUGGUGGUAACAGCCCUUACGGGGCCCCAUCUAGCCAGGCUGCGUCUAGCGGGUAUAUGACUGCAAACUCCGCAAUGGACCCUUACGCGAUGAACACACCGGGACAGGGCUAUAACAAUGGAGGGUUUAGCCAAGCAUCGCGCGAAAACCUGAACCAAGCAUACGGCAACCAAGGUUACGGCAAUCAGGGCUACGGAACCCCGGGUUAUGGCGUGGCAGCUGCUGGCGCGGGUGCGGUCGCGGGUGCUGGUGCUAUGGGCGCUAUGGGUGCCAUGAAUCAAGGCCGGGGGACGCCUCAACAAGACUACAACAAUGCUGGCUAUCGUGGACUGACGGACCUGCCCCAAACUCAAACCCCGGCACCGUACGACAAUUACGGGCGAAGUGGAACGCCGCGGAGCCGAACACCUGGGAUGCCAGCAAACGGCGGCUAUAGUAACGAUCAAUAUGGACAGAACAGACCGCCGCGUAAUCGAACACCGGGAAUGCCAGCGAACGACGGGUAUACCAAUGAUCAAUAUGGACAAAGUGGCCCGCCGCGCAGUCGAACACCGGGAAUGCCAGCGAACGACGGGUAUACCAAUGAUCAAUAUGGACAAAGUGGCCCGCCGCGCAGUCGAACACCGGGAAUGUCAGCAAACGCGGGAUACGGCAAUGAUCCAUAUGGACAGAGCGGAGCACCGCGGAGCCGAACACCGGGAACGCCGGCGAAUGGGGGAUACGGCCGGGCCCUUCCCCGUCGGGCUGCUACGCAGGAUGCGUAUGGAAAUCCUGAUCGAAUGCGGUCUCCAGCGCCUCAACAGGGGGGAUACGGUUACGAGCAAAGAUCGCAGACAUUCGACAGCUAUGGACAACAACAACAACAACAACAACAACAAUACAGAGGCGCUCCGCAAAGACAGUACUCAUCCGAGUCGACGCAACCGCUGGCAAGGCAGGCUCCAGACCGCCAGUACUCGGAUUCCCAAUACUCGGACGCUCAGCCCGCGCCUUCCCAUUCUCCUCUGCAAAAUGUGGGUGGCUUUGACUUCAACUCAGGCUUCAGUCGGAGCGAGAACGCAAGCCCAGCUCCUCAACAGUCUGCCAAUGGAGCGACUGCAUAUCCCGGGUAUCGAGCAUAUAAGCCUGCUCAAUAA